CGGCUGAAGUAUCAUAUAAGUUCUUUAUGGAAAGAAUGUGGGACGUCCGAUAAUGUGGGUGGAGUAAGCUGGGAAGGGGAGGAGACGAGAGAAACGCCGAAAAGAGGAAAUGCAAGCGGAACAGGUUUAAAAGAUCAACAGAAGAAAGGAGAGAAGACCUGCUAUGCUGAGGGGGUGAUGUGUUUCCACUCUAGCUGCAAGUAGGGACACCCCGGAAACCGAAGGAUGAAGCGCUGUGGCUCCCUGUACCAGGGGGACAGGAUUGUUCAUUCUCUGCUCCUGGAACGUCUGGAUGAUCUUCUGAGCAACCAGCUAGAGAGAUUUCAUUCCUAUCUGAGUCAUGAACCACCACAGGGAUACAAUCCCAUUUCAAGGAGAUGCCUAGAGGGGUCAAGCAGCACCAAGACUGCAGAACAAAUGUUGGUGCACUAUGGAAGUGAGGGCGCUGUGAAGGUCACGCUGUACAUCCUGGAGAAGAUGAACCUGAAUGAGCAAGCGGUAACACUGCAGAGGGGAUUGGAGAGCACCAGUUACGGGGAAAACCCCAGGGCCCCUGGAGGAAUGAUUUCAGGGGUCAUUACAGCCAGUCAGCCACAGCCCCCACCUGCAGUCAGUGAACAUGAUGCAUCUUUGAGAGCAGACCAAGAGAAGCUGAAAGCUAAGCUGAGGAACAGAUAUCAACAUAUCUUUGAAGGAGUGGCCAAGCACGGACGGUCGGCCCUGCUCACCAAGGUCUACACUGAGGUCUUCAUAACCGAGGGUGAAUGCGGACAGGUCAAUACCGAACAUGAGGUUUGGAACAUCGAGUCAACAUCCAAAGAAACUCAUGCACAGGACGUGCAAAUUGAAUGCAACAAAAUAUUCCAGCCCUUGCCCGGACAAGAGGACCACAUGAGAAGAUCUGUUCUGACCAAAGGAAUAGCUGGCAUCGGCAAAACAGUCUCUGUGCAGAAGUUCAUUUUGGACUGGGCGGAAGGCAAGGCAAACCGAGGUAUUGAUUUGAUAUUUCCUCUCCCUUUUCGAGAGCUGAAUCUGAUGAGGGACAGAAAGUUGAGUUUGCUGGGACUCAUUCGGCACUUUCACCCCGAGAUCAAACACUGCACUGCGGUGGACCUCGACAGCAGGAGAGUGUUGUUCAUCUUUGAUGGUCUGGAUGAGUGUCGGCUCCCCUUAAAUUUCCAUAGCAACGAGCCGUGGUACGAUGAAACGGAGGAAUUAUCAGUGGACAUGCUGCUGACCAACCUCAUUCAGGGAAAUCUGCUUCCCUCUGCUCUCCUCUGGAUCACAUCCCGACCAGCAGCAGCCAGUCAGAUCCCUCCUGAGUGCAUCCAAAGGCUAACGGAGGUGCGAGGCUUCAACGACCCACAGAAAGACGAGUACUUCAGGAAUAGAUUUAAUGAUCAGAACCUGGCCAACAAAAUUAUCUCACACAUAAAGUCAUCACGGACCCUCCACAUCAUGUGUCAUAUUCCAGUCUUCUGCUGGAUUUCAGCAACUGUUCUCGAGAGUCUACUGGACAAAUCUGAGGGUGGGCAAAUCCCUAAGACUCUCACUCAAAUGUACACGCAAUUCCUGCGCAUUCAAAUUAUGAUAAAGAACCAGAAGUACCAUAGAGGUAUGGAAACGAACACAAAGGAAAUACAAGAGACUGAUAAAGAAAUAACUGUCAACCUGGGAAAGCUGGCCUUUCAACAUUUGGAAAAGAACAAUCUGAUAUUUUAUGAGCAAGACCUGAAAGAGUCUGGCAUUGAUGUCAGCAAAUCUCCAGAGUACUCUGGGUUGUACACAGAAAUCUUCAAAGAGGAAUCAGUGAUGUAUGAGGAGAAAACAUACAGCUUUGUGCAUCUUAGCAUUCAAGAGUACCUUGCCGCCUUGUCUGUACACUUCUUGUAUGUAAACGGUAAAGAAAACCCUUUAAAUCUGGACAUGUCAAAGCAUACCAGUCCAGAUGGUGGGAUAAAAUUAUCUGCAGUACACAGGAGUGCUGUGGACAAGGCCUUACAGAGUCCAAAUGGACACCUGGACCUUUUUGUCCGCUUCCUCCUGGGAAUCUCGCUGGACAGUAAAGCUCUUUCAGGAUUGCUGCCACACACAGAAUGCAGCUCGCAGAUGGUCGCAGAAAUGGUCAAAUACAUCAAGGAGAAGGUCAGCAAGUGCCCAUCUCCAGAGAGGACCAUCAAUCUCUUCCACUGCCUGAAUGAACUCAAUGACGAUUCUCUAGUACAGGAAAUCCAGAGUUUCCUGAAGUCGAGUGGUCACUCCAAUCAAAAGCUCUGCCCAGAUCAGUGCUCAGCGCUGGCUUAUGCGCUGGUGAUGUCAGAGAAGCAGGUGGACGUGCUUGAUUUUAGGAUGUACAACUCGACACAGGCCGGAUAUCGCAGACUGCUGCCCGUUCUCAAGCACACCAGGACAGCUUUGUUGCAGGUCUGUGACCUCACCCCAGCCCUGUGUGCCCUGGUGAAUGUGGUCUUGCAGUCCUCCACCUCCCUUCUGAGGGAGCUGGACCUUGGAUACAACAGCAAACUGGGGGACAAAGGCUGCAAGCUGCUUUGCGAUGGACUGCGGACUCCCCACUGCAGACUACAAACUCUGGGGUUAGGAGACUGUAACCUCACAAAGGGCUGCUGUGAUGAUCUGGCCUCAGUCCUGCGCUCACGCCACUCACAGCUGAGAGAGCUGGAUCUGAGAGGCAAUGACCUACUGGACUCUGGAGUGACAGCGCUCUCUGCUGGACUGGAGGAUCCCCUCUGUAAACUGCAGAAACUGGGGCUGUCAGGCUGUGGAGUCACAGAGACAGGCUGUCGUUCCCUGGCUUCAGCUUUUCACUCAAACCCCUCACAUCUGAUAGAGCUGGAUCUGAGCUACAACAACCCCGGAGACUUAGGAGUGAAAGUGCUGUCUACUAGACAGCAGGACCCCAACUGUGCCCUGGAGAAGCUGAUUGUGGACCAUGGUGGAGUGUGCAGGAUGAAUCCAGGGCUGCACAAAUAUGAUUGCCACCUCACCGUGGACCCCAGCACUGCCGCUCCGAAUGUGGUCCUGUCUGAGGGGAACAGGAGGGCGCAUUGCAAACAGAAGAUUGGCAAUGAACAGUACACUCCUCCAGUGCUGUGCAAGGAGGCGCUGAUUGACCGUCACUACUGGGAGGUAGAGUGGGGGUUACUAAGCUUGGAGGUGGGCGUGGCCUACCAGAAACCCACAAGCACCCGUGCCACACUUGGAAAAGAUGACCAAUCGUGGGCCAUUAGGUUCGACCCACAGGCGAUCACGGCCGUUCAUAAUAACAAGUACACACAUGUAGCGGCCUUACAUGCCCCACACAAAUCCAGGGUGGGAGUGUAUCUGGACUGGCAAAAUGGUGCCCUGGCCUUCUAUAAGAUCUCCUCCAAAGGGCCCGUCCACGUGCACACCUUCCAUGUCACCUUCACUCGGCCCCUCUACCCAGCUUUUGCUUUCGCCAUGGAUGCCACUAUGACACUGUGCUAGAUAUUUGACAACUUAUAUUUUUAUAAUAUAAAGAGGUUAAUAGGUCAACCAAAGCAUUUUCUUGUGCACGCAAAUGAGCAAUACAUAAAUUGAAUAAGGGUGACAGGGCUGUGAUGUACAAACUAAUGUCUGUCAAAUUAUUAUGGUUUUUUGUGUGUUUGAAAAAGCCAUUUUCUGUUGUAUCUAUGAAAUAUAUUUUAUUCCAGGUUCUAGUAUAAUGCAAAUCAUGGAAACCUGCAGAAAUUGCAGAGUUCAUAGUUGUGGGUUCAUGGUUCACCUGCGGGAGGUUCGCGGAAAAGGAGAGAGAGAGAAACAUUUGUGUGAACGCAAAUAAAAAUACAGACAAAAUAUGGAAAUAUUUCCAACAUAGUGAAACAACUGUAUUACAACAAUUGCUCUGUAAAACUGUGACAGUAUAAUAGCAGCCUUUUAGCAUGUUUAAGGGAAAAUUGCAAUUGCUGUUCCCCUAUAAUUGCAUAUGUCGGAAAGUCUGUGCUCAAGCAGAGGUGCUACAUUAAUAAUGAAGUUAAAAAUAAAUAAAUAAAUAAAACAGCAGGGAUUUUGGGGAAUGGGUACUAUAACGCGCCUAGGUGUUGUGAAUUUUUUAGGGGACCUUUGGGUGUCUCUUGGGUGAGAUCCAGCCUUCACCCUGUGCUAGGUUAUUCCAGCCAUACUGAAUGUGCAGAGUUGGACUUAAGUGCGGAUUUACUUUCUCUGCGCCAUUUUGAGUCAUUAAUGUUGUAAAAUGUUGCAUUCUGAUCUCAACUGUUGGACUGAGCCACAUCUAAACAGAAUUUUCUUCCCUCAUAAUAAUAUUUUUUAGGUUUUUUCCAGCUUACUCUGAUUUAUCCAAGCAUUAUAGUUAUAAUUAGAGGAGAGCGGUAACAGCUUGCAGUGUAACUGCAAAUCUUCCAACUGGGAUCCAGAAGGGAGUUGCCUCUUGCCAUGCAGCACAUCCCAUGUAAUAUGUACAUGAACAUGCAGUCUGAGUCACUGCAGAGGAGAAUGGAGUGGUAAGGGUAUGGCUUUCUCUCAGUAAUGACUGUUGAAGUUUGGCAAGAGUUUGGCAGUAGGUUCUGCCUGGCCUCUGGAUCCCCCAUUAUACCGAGGGAGGGAACAGAUAGAGUGUCAGGUCACAGAGACACACAAUAUAACAUAUACCCUUCCUCAAUGAAUCACUGACUCAUUCACACAAUAACUUGCCAACUCCAUCGCUGAAGGUCUAGGGUGAGCCACAGCCAAAUAAUUUGGCAAAUGGCUAUAUCCUGGAAUAUUUCACAACAUUGCAAAUACACAACCAGAGUAUUCUAAGUAUGAACAAGAAGACAUACUGGUUUAUGCAUCUGACCAUUCACAAGUAUCUUGCUGCUUUGUUUGCUCUCUACCUCUGCCCUGGACAGAACAGAAAUGUACUUGAUCGAGAGCAUCAUCAGUCACAAAUAUUCCUCAGAUGAAGCAGAUCAUUCCAAGGAGGAGGAAGAAUAUUUGACUGAGGAGCUGGGUGUGCAGACAAUAUAAAUAUUACAUAUACUGUACAGUAGAUGUAUAUGUAAUAUUUAUAUGUAUAUGUACAUUUAAAUGUUUGCAGAUGUUUCUGAAAACCGUAAGGCUGCUCUUGUAAGGAAAUGUUGCAGCUGUCUCAGUCAGCACAGUGCAAUUAUUAAUUGUCUAAGAGACCAUAGAGCAUCUACCUCUACAUUAGUUUUUGUUUUCUGAUGGCUCUAUAAACUACACUGGUUCACUCCCGUACUUGAGCACAGUAAAAUCUUUAGGGUACACUUGCAGUUUGCGACUAUAGCUGGUGCUUAUAGAAAGCGCUUAUACAAAUGUCAGAUUAUGAAACAGCGUAUCAGUUUCAUUGCAUAUUUGCUGGGUAACCAAUAGUUACAUUUUUUCCUGUCAUUAAAAAAAGCUGAUAGCACCCAACAGCCCACAAACAAUAUCCCUUGAAUACCUUAUUCAAUCAAUCUUUGUGCCUUUCUUGAUUUGUCACUUUUUGCAAUGAAGGAAAAACAAGUGAUAUAAAGAUAACAUUUGAAUGCGAAAUCAA